AUGGAACUAUUUUCUUUAUACGAAUUUAAAAUAGAAGAUAUUAAAAUCGAAUCUAUUUUAGCUGUAAAUGAACAGGAGGUUAAAGAUUAUUUACUAUGUCCAAUUUGUCAAAAUAUAUUAGAUGAUCCAGUGCAGUUUUGUUCAAGUGGCCAUGUUUUUUGUAGAGGCUGUAUAAUCCCAUGGUUUGAAAAGAAUGAAGAAUCUACAUGUCCUACCUGUAGAGAAGUUGUACCUUCUGAAAGAGGAGCCAGUCCCUAUUUUUUAAGCAGUAACAUGGAAAUAAAAAGAAAAUUAAAUAAAAUAAAGGUUUAUUGCCCAUAUUAUUAUACUAAUUCAAAACUAGAAUGUAUUGAUGAGGUUAAUGGGUGUAAAGAAAUAAUAAUGUAUGGAGAUUUAGAAGAACAUACAAGCCAGUGCCAAUUUAUAUUUGUUAAGUGUGAAUUGGAUUCAUUUCACAUUUAUAGAGCAAAAGAUAACCAUAUAAAAGAAUGUCCUAGUGUUAUCAAGAAGUGCAAAUUUUGUUCAGAAAAUUACCAAAGAAAAUCAAAAGAUUUACAUAGUUUACUAUGUUCCAAAAAGAUUUUAUCUUGUCCUUUAGAAAAAUAUGGGUGUUUAGAGGAAUUUCAAAGAUGUCAAAAAAUAACUCAUUUACAACAAUAUGAAAAUCAUUAUAAAAUUUUAACAAAUAAAAUUGAUAGGUUAUCACUAGAAAUUGAAAAAGCAAGCUAUUAUAAAAUUAUUAAAUAUAAAAAACCUGGGUUUAUGAAUAAAGAUUUAAAGUUUGAUGCCGAAAAAUAUUCAACUUUAGAAAUAUUUUAUAUAUCAAAAAAAGAUAUUAUUUACCAAGAAAGAAUUUCAGUUACUGAAUUUUCCUGGAAAGUAAAUAAAUUAGCUAAUAUAUAUUGGGAUAAAGCAAAUAAAGUUGUUUUUGUUUUAACUAGAAGAUCCCCCAAAGAAAAUAUAAACGAGAAAUAUUUAGAAAAAAUACACCCACAAAAUCAAUAAACAAAUAAGAAAUCUAAAAAAAUAAAAUUAAUACUUAAUAUCUUUAUUU